CGGAGCCACGCUGCCAUAUCUUACUAUCUAAUAUAGCACCUGGAAUAACUGCCUACCUAAUCACCUCCCCUAUAUAUAGUUAUUCCGGGCUCGUACAGCACCCUGCUCUCCUCCUGCCAACGAUAAAUCUCAACCACUGCGUCCGUGAUAGUCUGUUACUUGCUACUUAUUGCCAACCGGCUUCUAUGUGCAACCCUGUUCUCGAACAGAUAUCUACUAUUUAGGUCUCGAUUGAGCUCCUACUAUAGUCGGUGCCGCUCUAUAGUUGCGCGGAAUUACUUCUACACGCAAAUACUCGCUACUCUGGAACACCUCACGAGCGGAAUUGUGUGGCCUGCGUUGGACCGCAAACACGACGUCCCCGAAACCUCAUUAUCGCAGACACACCAAAUAUGACCGACGAACACGAGCCACAAUAUACUCUUCUCUUGUUCUUCAAGCGCAACCCGAAGCUUAGCCCCGCUGAAUUCAGGACCUACUACGAGGCCAACCACGCUUCGCUGGUCAUGGAGCUUGCGAAAACUGCGAAAGGGCUCCUGCGCUACACACGACGGUACCUCAAUCACGAAGCGUCCGAUCCGGCUUUAGGCAACCCAUUCACCGUCUUCGGGGAGCCCGUGCCGACGGUACCCUACGACAUGGUCAAUGAGGUGACGUUUCAAACUAAGGCCGAUGCAGCCGAAUUCUCCAGGCUGAUGUAUGACAUUGAGGCGAACGCGACCAGGGUCCUUGUGGAUGAGGAUACGUUAUUCGUCAAGGGUCAGAUGAGGGGGAUGAUCGUCGAUGCAGUUGUGUCAAUUCCGUGAAAGGUUGAGCUAAAGCGUAUAUUUGGUGCGUUUGAGAGGCAGCCUUACGAGUGUCCACGCCUAGGAACUCGUCUAUCACCCUUUUCUAGUUCAGGGAUAUGGAAGCCAACAUGCACUCAACGAAAAUGCAACCAAGAACACAUUUAUUACACCCAAACCUAAUACGGUGCGUAGGCGGCCAACUGACGAUAACAUUAAGCCCUGGGAUACUCUGAAAAAGUAAACGAAUUCACGGUCCAAAGUGAUAAAUACCCACUGUGCGCUCCCUGUAUCUGAGCCGAUACCAUUAUUACCAUGACCCCCCAUCAAGGAAGCGAUUUUUAGAUGGCGUCAAGUGGGAGAUCAAAAAGAACUUCAACA